AUGUAUUUUUAUUUAGCCAAGGUGAUAUUAGAAAAAAAACCAAUUGAACGAUUUCAUGAACUUGAUAAACGUUGUCGAGAUUUUGAAAAUGCAAAUAAUGAAUUAAAACAAUUGAAUAUUCAACUUGAAAAAGAUUUAUUAAGUGCUGGUGGUGUUACUGAAUUAUUUCGACGAGGACCUGAAGGACAAACAAGUGAUAGUAAUUCAAAUGAAACUAUAAUAAUUGAAGAUGUAUUAAAUCAAUCAUCGACAUCUCCAGCAUCAUUUAAGAAUUCAUUUUCACAUGUUUCGUCACGUGAUACAACAUCGCAUGAAGCAUUAACUGCUAUUGUUAUUAGUCAAAGUGAACGAUUUCGUAUUCGUAAUGUUGAAUUAGAGAACGAAAAUGUUUCAUUGAAACAACAAACGAAUAUAUUUCAAAAUGAAAUGGAUAAACUUCGAUCGGACAAUAUAAAACUAUAUGAAAAAAUUAAAUUCGUUCAGAAUUAUCCUACAACCCGCGGAACAGAUGAUCCUAUUGAUCAGUAUUCACGUGGUUAUGAUGCAUCAUUGGAUCCAUUUACUAAUUUUACGAAACAAGAAAAACAAAAGAAAUAUGAAUCACUUAAAAUUCAUGAAAAAUUUGCUUUAAACUUUGGUAAAUUUAUUCUCUCAUCACAUCAAAGUCGAACAUUUUUUGUCAUUUAUUUUAUUCUCGUUCAUAUUCUUAUCUUUCUUUCUCCUUAUAAAAUGGUUCAUGUUGGUUCAUCUGUACGUGAUAUGUCACAAGUUUGUUUUGAUAAAUUUCGAGAACAUAUGGCAGGUGUACAUGGAGAAAAGAAUUUUCAUUUUGAACAUGGUCAUGCUCAUGCUCAUGCUCCACCUGGUGUUGUUCCAGCUGCAGCACCACCACCUCAUCGAUAG